AUGGCCAAGAAACGUCGGUGCUUGGAAGACCUGCUGGCUCAAACAUGUCGGGCUUGUGACGAGGAGUUUGAUACCAUGCAGGGUCUGAUGGCUCAUCAGUCUGCAAGUCGCAAAUGUGCGUGGUAUAAGAAGGGCAAGUUGAAGGCAGUCUUUGCAGAUGUUGCUGAGGACGAACCGCCGUCGGAGAAGAGAAAUAGCGGUAUAAAUCGAAGUGCUAUGGAAACAAGACCCGCAACUCCCGCUGCCGUGAUGAACCUGCCCAGCGACAGAGGUGAAGGAUCGUCAACGGGUUCUGAUUCGCAGCCAGGACACGAAGAUGCUGAGAGUAGCGACGAAGAAGAGGAUUUGAUGUUCGUGCCAUUACCAGUUCCCAGUUCCUCAGGCUGCAAUCCGCCUUGCGAAGCAUCGUCUUCCGGCAGUCGGAUUCGACAAUCCGCGAUACAACUUGAUGACGACGAAGACACACGAGUUGAGGACGUCGACAAGACUGCAGGACGUGUUGUCGGAGAGGGACGUACUAUGAUGGAUGCAUGGAAGAGGCACUUCGCGAAACAGAAUGACCAAGAUGCUGACUGCGGCGACCGGGAAGACAAUCGUUCUUUGUGGGAACCUUUUGACACCGAGAUGGACUGGGAGGUGGCUUCGUGGUGCGUCAAAGAGGGCAUCAGUCAAGGUGCCGUUGACCGGUUCCUCAACAUACCCAACGUACGAGAGAAACUAGGACUUUCUUACCACAAUAUGCGCUCGCUCCUCCAAAAGGUCGAUUCCAUACCGGAGAGAUCGCCGUGGAUGGAGCAAUGGCUGACGUUCAAGGACCGACCGGGAGAAACUCAUCUAGUGCAGUUUCGUGAUAUCAUAGCUGCUAUCAAAGCUCUCCUUGGAAACCCUGCGCACGCGGACCGCAUCGUGUAUCGCCCACGACGAAUCUUCUCCAACACGAGCCGUAAGAACCGUAUAUAUACCGAAAUGUGGACAGGAAGGUGGUGGAAUGCAGUGCAGAGUCUUCUACCUGACGGCGCAGCCCUAGCCCCGGUCAUCAUUUCGACCGAUAAAACACAACUUACCCAGUUUUCCGGCAACAAGUCCGCCUACCCGGUCUACAUGACCCUCGGCAACAUCCCGAAGGCUCUGCGUCGGAAGCCUUCAGAGCACGCCUGUAUCCUCAUCGGCUACCUCUCAGUCGACAAGGUCGACUCUACGGGCCUCAGUGAGCGCAAGCAUCGCGCGCUCGUCCACCAACUCUUCCACGCCUCCGUCAAGAUCAUCCUCGCGCCGCUCAUCGAGGCCGGGAAGGAGGGAAUUGAUGUUACAGGGGGAGACGGGAAAAUUCGGCGUGUUCAUCCAGUGCUAGCGUCCUAUGUUGCUGACUACCCGGAGCAGUGCCUGGUGACCUGCACCAAGUACGGCACUUGCUGCAUCUGCCAGUGCCCGGAGCCCGCCCUUGGGGACGACACAGCGAAGACACCGCGCCGUCAAAUCAUGACCCUGGACGUCCUGCGGAAGGCAAAAUCCCGGGACAAGAAGGGGUCAUCCGCGUUCUACAACACAUGCAAGGAGAACAAUAUCUCCGGCUACGUUGUCGACCCGUUCUGGAAGGACUUACCUUACACAGAUAUCCACAGCUGCAUCACGCCAGACGUACUGCAUCAAUUGUAUCAAGGUGUCUUCAAACACGUUAUAGAUUGGUGCAGCGAACUAAUGGACGAAUCCGAACUCGACCAACGAAUUCGCUGCCUACCGCCUGCAUACGGCACGCGCCAUUUCAAGAAUGGAAUUUCCACCCUGUCUCAAGUGUCUGGUGGCGAACGCAAAGACAUAGCACGCAUCCUGCUCGGAUGCCUUGUCGGACGCCUGCCUCACGCCGUCAUCAUCACGUUCCGAGCUCUCCUCGACUUCAUCUACAUUGCCCAGUACUCAACGCACGACGACACUACGCUGUCCUACCUGGAGGACGCACUAAUGACUUACCACAAGCACAAGGCGAUUCUGAAGACUCUCGGCAUACGGGAACACCUCAACAUACCGAAAUUUCACUCCCUCCACCAUUACAUCGACUGUAUUCGUAAUCUGGGCACGACUGAUAAUUACAACACGGAACUUUUCGAACGCCUGCACAUUGACUGCGCAAAGAAGGCCUGGCGAGCGUCCAACCAUCGCGACGAGCGGCCUCAAAUGACCAAGUGGCUCGAACGUCAGGAGAAGGUCGCCAUGUACGAGAUGCUUCGCCAGAGACUUCACGAAGAGCGCAUCGAGCCAAACGCAUCCCCUGAUGUUACCGGAGCGCAGUCGCACCAUCCUCAAGCCGGGCUAACACUGCCAAAACACCCAUCCGUCUCGCAGCAAUCAAUUGCGUCCAUUGCGGACAAGCAUCAAGCUCCCGGGUUCGCAAGAGCUUUGAAUCAACACAUCUUCUCGUUGAAGCUUGGUCGCCCCCUUACCGCCGGCGAGGCUGAGAAGGCCGGCUCCUAUCUCCCCUUCUCCCGCCUCGACAUCUUUCACGGUUUCAAAUUCACCACACUCCCCCUCACAGAUGACAACCUGGACCGCGACGCGGUCAAGGCGAAGCCAUCUUGUGGGUCAGAACCCGCAAGAUUUGAUACGGUUGUCGUAUUGCGAGGCGAAGAGGCAGAGGCCACUGGUCUGCAAGAAGAUAUGUCAGCAAACCACGCCCAGCCUCAGGCUGCGGACGACGACAUUCAAUAUAUCGGCUUCCAACGCGUCAACGUCAAGAAGAGCAAGUUCCAUAGAACCGCACUGGAAGAAGACGGCCUUGUCUUUUGCGGCUAUAAGAACACCAAAGACUACACAAAUAUCCCUCUGCCCACAACCCAGCGAAGUGCGCCAGGUCCGGUCGUCAUCGACUUGGUCUCCUCGGACAGCGAAGAUGAGAGCGCACCUAGCAGCACGGUGCCCAAACCGACACUCUACGCGCUCUGGUGGAGCUUCACGCAGCGCAAGUUCAUCGAGAGCACGGGCGACGCCAUGUUCUUCAAGAACAUACGCGGCGAGGCCGUGCGGGGUUGCUCCGUUGCGGUCGCGGAUGCCCAUCGCACCGGGGAAGCGGGUGUUGUUAAUGGUGCGAAGGGAUCGACUGAGGCUGGAUUCGAAGAGAUGUGUUUGUACCUCGAGUGGCAACUCAACAUCGAGCCAGCAGCGCCGAAGGAGUUCGAGGCGAAUGUUCGGACGGACUCCAAGGGCCACGGGCCAUACCCAACGUACGUGCUCCCCUCGCCUGCGCCGACACCAGUACCGUGGACGACGCCAUACGGCCCCACGUCGACCACCACCCUGAGCUUCGCCGCACGUCCUGUCGCCACCGAAGCCCACCCCAUGCCUGUCGACGCCAGCACGGUGUAUCCGAGUCCGCCCACGAGCCCUGACACGCCCGACACGCCCGAGCAGUCUUACUCGACUUCGACGAGCCCGGCAUUGUCUGCAUCGCCGUCGACGCCACCAGGUAUUGUCAACGCGAACAGCCGCAUCGCCUCACACAGCACCCACGGGAUGGCCCCACGCCAUCGAGCAAGAGUCCGUCGCCGCCGUUGUGCUGCUGCCGAUGCAGAAGCAAACGGGCCGGUCGAGGGCUCGCCGUCAAUAUCCGACACCAUCUCGACUGACCGCACCUCGGCGACGAAGAAGGCGAAGGGCCAGGACUCAACUUGGCAAGUAAAACCGGUUUUUCCUGAUGCCGCUCCUUUCCUCGCCAAAAUCAUUGAUGCUUGCGAAAAGCUCGAAGAUAACCAGCUCAAGAUCCCCGACGCGCUUCUGGCCAUGAUGGAUGGCCCUGAAUGCUUUACCGUCGCACUCAAGAUCUCGGAUGUCCAGCACGCCGCCAACCUCGCCUUUGAGCAAGGCUCGGGCAAGAAGGUGUCUUCUUCGCAUGACACGAAGAAGAUCUCGGCCGUCAAGCAAAAGCAAGGCGAGCCGAGCUUCCAGCAGCAGCAGCAGCGCCAUGAUGGCGGCAGCGGCAGCGGCGAGAAGGCCGACAAGGGCAAGGGCAAGCAGCGCGGUAAACGCAGCGGCAAGAAGACCCGUGCCCAGAAGGACGGCGGCAACCACGGUCACGACCAUGCCCACAUCGCCUCGCAGGCCAAAGUCCGCACCGUCGAAACACGUGCGCCUGUGCAGAAGCGCCCCAUGUGCAACUGCCAGCGAUGGCUGCAACACGCCCUCGAGUUGGCCGAGCAGGUCAACGUGUCUCCUACGGUUGAGCGCCUCAAAACGCUCACACAAAUUGUCGACAACUCCGUGCAGAUCGAGGAUUACCUCUCUGACGCAGAGUCGCAUGCAUCCAAGCACCCUCGUCUCUCUGACGACGACAACAACAACAUGGCCGAGAGGAUCGACGAGGUGAACACGGGUUACAACUCGUACGACGACGGCACCUGGGCCGAGACCCAGGAACCCCUUGAUUGGGGGUCGGACGACGAGGACGUCGGCGAGAACGUCGACGAGGACAUCACGAUGGCCGCCGGGAUUGAUCUGGACGAGGACGCCAGCCGCAUGUAG